AUGUCAGUAGAUAGCAAGAGUAAUCAAUUUACUCAUUCCAAUGUGGAGAGAAGGGCCUCAAUUGUCUACGGAUCUGUGGGCAAACAGGGUUUAUUUGUUCCAAAAGAUUUCUUGCAUUUAGGUGCCCAGCAAGAAGACUCUUCCGAACAAAACGAACAUGAGCCAUUGUUAGGCUUGCCCAACAACCAAUCCACCAAGCCUCGCCGUAAGUCUAGUGUCGCAAGGGAGCUCCUUCAACAAGAGCGUGACAUCCUCAUCAACAAUCAAAUCCCAUGCGAUGAGACUGAUGAUAACAAUAUUGCAUUAGCAUUUGAAGAUGCCGUUAUUAAUAAAAAGAUCAAGAAAGCUACACCACUCAAUGAGUUGGUCGCUUUGGUGAAAUCAUCUAUUCCUCUUGUGAUGACUUUCCUUCUCCAAAAUUCCCUUUCAACAGUAUCUGUUUUCUCUGUUGGACACCUUGGAGCUGCUGAAUUGGCCGCUGUAUCUAUGGGAGCUAUGACUGCCAACAUCUCAGGGUAUGCAACAAUUCAAGGUGUUUCCACCGCCUUGGAUACGUUGUGUCCGCAAGCUUUUGGAGCAAAGAAGUAUCAUUUAGUUGGCGAGUACAUGCAAAAGUGUAUUGCACUUAAUUUUGUUAUCAUAGCCCCUGUUCUCGUCAUUUGGGUCUUUUUCGGUGGAGAGAUUCUCAAGCAUAUUAUUCCUGAUGAAGAUACUGCCGUUUUUGCUGGUGAGUAUUUGUUUUACUUGUGUCCAGGUAUCCCAGCAUACAUUAUGUUUGAGUGUGGUAAGAGAUUUUUGCAAGCUCAAGGUAUUUACCAUAUCUCAACAAUUGUCUUGCUUUUUGCCGCUCCUUGCAACCUUGUAAUGAACCUUAUUUUUGUCAAGAAGUUUGGCUUCAUUGGUGCUCCAAUCGCUGUAUCGAUCAACUACUGGAUUAUGUUCUUGGGAUUGUUGUUUUCUACACUCUACAUUUCCCGCAAAUCAGACACCGAUACCCCUAUGAAGUGCUGGAGCAGUUUGAGCGUUCGUCGUGCCUUCCUGGGAUGGCGUAAUUUGGUCUCUCUUGCUAUUCCAGGUUGGAUUAUGCUUGAGGCAGAGUUUUUGGCAUUUGAAAUUUUGACCUUUAUGGCCUCAUACUUAGGCACUCGUAAGUUAGCAGCACAAGCUGUUGGUCUGACCAUUGCCUCUUUGACCUAUCAAGUUCCAUUCGCUAUUGGUAUUGCCUCAUCCACUCGUAUUGCAAACUACCUUGGUGCUGGCUUGGGCGAAUCCGCAAAGACAACAACAAAGGUCGCAAUUUGCUUUGGUUUUGUCGUCUCGCUCUUGAACUUCUUCACAUUGUACAUUUUCCAGAUGCCCAUUGCUGAGUUGUUCACAAAAGACCCUAAGGUCAUUGAAAUCAUUCACGACAUCAUGUGGCUUGUUGCUUUGAUGCAAAUUUCUGACUCCAUGAACGCAAACUCUGCUGGUUGCUUGAGAGGUCAAGGACAAACCAAGAUCGGAGGUAUUGUGAACUUGGUCUCUUAUUAUGUAAUUGGAAUCCCAAUGUCCAUUUACCUCUCCUUUUUCUCCCCAUGGAAAGGAUCAUUGGAUGGUUUGUGGAUUGGAACAACAACUGCAUUGACUAUAAUUGCAGUUGUCCAAACUUACUGUUCCUUGCAUGUUGAUUUCGACUACUUGUGCGACCAAGCUAGAAAGCGCACAUCCGAAUCCCUCCUCUUUUAA